UAUUGUAGGGGCGAGGAAGCAUGACCGGUUGGCUUGGAGGCGUGCAAGUAGGCUGCCUCCUCCUGGCUGCACUGGGUCCCUCCGUCUAGGCUCUGCUGGGAACUGCUGGCAGAUCAUGGGGAUUACAAUCAUCAAUCAUCAGGAGGAAUUCCGCCCAGAGCAAUGAAGAGACUCGUGAGAAACGGGUGUGGCAUAGACAGCCACUACAAAGGGUGGACAAGCGGUGGAAUCCAGUUAUAGACGAGUUGUGUGCGAGUUGAGUUUCUGCCGCAGAUGUAGUAUAUAUUUCAUCUUUGCCAAUGCUUCCAAAAACUUCAACUGCCGAAUCAUCGUCUUGUUCUGGAUCUCCAUCCCUUCCCCUCAUAAGAGACUUGCUGUACCAUUAAUACUCCCUGCAGAUGCAACGUCUCAGAGCCUGUUAACCUGCGAUCCCACACUUGCCGGGAUGUGCCGGAUGGGUUGCUCAAUCUCAGCUUGCCUUGACGGCCAAUGAAGAAGGUUGGCCAGGUGCUAAUAUGCGGAGCCGCCCGAGAAGACUCUGUUUCUGAGUGCAUGCUUUUCUGUCAAACGGUGCAUAUGUGUUCAGAAGACAAGUCAGUUUUAUUAUGCUGAUGCUGCUUGAAGCGCAACAAGCGGGCACUCAGGGUUGCGAUGUGAUCCCGUACUUGAAGAGUGAAGUACACUAGCGGAAUACACUACGAUCGCCACUGAGCACACGAGCUGUGAACGGAGCGCCAAUUCAGGAGACGAUUGAGAUCAGAACUUCGGGAUUUGGCUGAAUUUUUUCAUUGCAUGCAUCUUCUUUGAGUUUUGGGCAAAUGAAAAUGUUUGCCCGCAAGUUUUCGAAACAGUAUCACUUGAGAAAGCCAAGAGCAAAAUAUAUCUACGUGUGCUGUUCCUUGAGUUUCCUCUUAAUCCUGAUUACGGGAUGGUCUCGACCGCUGCCCACUACUCCUACUUCCGCUGCCUCGAUGGCCGUCGAAGAAUCUAUCCAGCCGGAACCGAAAUUCCUUUCUGUGUCAAAGGAAACCCUGCUAGCGGAAUCCCAGCCUCUUCAAUCCGAGCUAGCAGAAGCGGAAGGGGAACAUCUUGAGGAACCGGGAUCAGACGCUGUUCGAUCUGAGAAACUGGAAGCGAAACAGGAACGAGAAGCUCGUCGAUCUGAGCAUAUGCAAAUGGAACGGGAGAGAGAAGCACAACAAUCCAAGCACGUGGAAGUGUACCAGGAACAGAAAGUGGAACCAGAAUCGCUAGUAAAAAACGUUAGGGCGCUUGAGAACCCAUGCGAUGGUCGCCGUGUUUACAUGUACGAUUUACCAUCUACAAUGAAUACCGACAUUCUCAAGAACUGUAGCGGGAAUCUUGUGAAAUGGUUAAACUUCUGCCCACAUCACAAGAACCACGGAUUCGGCGCGGUGGUGAACGCUACUGUUGAGGUAUUUCGCCAGGAUUGGUAUGGGACAGAUGCAUACAUGCUAGAAGUGAUUUUUUAUGAGCGAAUGCAGACAUACUCGUGCAGGACGUCGGAUCCGGCAGAAGCAGAUUUGUUCUUCAUCCCCUACUUCGCUGGCCUGGACGCCCUGCCCUACCUCUACACUGACAGCAAGAGGGAGCUGCAGCAAGGCAGGGAGGUCGUGGAAUGGCUGGAGGAAAAUGCCCCGAAGACGUGGAGGCGGCACGGGGGCCACGACCAUUUCUACAUCGCUGGGCGGACCGCGUGGGAUUUCUGUAGACCGUUGACGAAAGUGAACUGGUGGGGCACUUCCCUGUUCAACAACCCAGAGAUGGAAAAUACAACGGCGAUGGUGCUUGAGCGGCGGCCGUGGAGGGACGAUGAGGUGGCCAUCCCAUACCCAGUUGGCUUUCACCCGUCCACGAGCGCUACAUUGCAUUCGUGGAUUGAAGUGGUGCGAUCAUCGCCUCGGAAGCAUUUGUUCUCCUUUUCAGGUGCAUUGCGACCGCAUCUGACCAUUAGUAUUCGAGAGAUCCUUUCGCGGCAAUGCUCUGAGGCCGGCAAUGCGUGCUCCCGACUGGAUUGUGGUAAGAUAAAGUGUAGUCACGAACCUGAGCCGAUUUACACAAGUCUGUUGCAAGCUACAUUCUGUUUGCAACCGCGCGGGGACACGUCCACUCGGCGAUCUGUGAUCGACUCCAUCGUGUCUGGCUGCAUCCCUGUGUUCUUCCACGAGGACACAGCCUACACGCAGUACCACUGGUUCUUGCCUAAAGACUAUGAGAACUUCUCCGUCUUCAUCGACGAGAAGGACAUGAAAGACGGUAAUGCCGACGUGAGCAAAAUUCUGGGUGCAUACACGGCGAAGCAGGUGGAACAAAUUAGAGAGCGCUUGAUCAAAAUUAUCCCCAAUGUGCUGUACAGGCAUCCAGAGAGCACGGAUCUGGCGGAGUCCAUGCGGGACGCGUUCGAUUUGACACUGGAGGGAAUGGCACGCAAAGUGGCACAAUUCAAAUUAUCCACUGGACGCGGCAUCGCCACGCUUUCAUAAGAUUGUUAUGCAUUCAUUAUCUCAUUGCUGAUGCCCCUCUCAUCUCUAAGUGAUACAAAAACUGUGAUUGUUGUGUGUCGGCAAUGGUCCGAGAUGAUCUUUAUGAGGUGUCAUCUUUUUGGGGAGGUAAGAGACCUGAGAGGAUCAACGGCAAGCAUACUUGAAAAUAUGAGAAUUCCUUAAGCUGGGGCCCGAUUCUGUGUUCUGCACGUUGAAGAGGAGUUAGAUUACAACCUAGUACAACAGAAAAGUUCAAAUAAUUUGUGCAUGGGUCAACAUUGAUCAGUAUAUAUGCGGGAGUGUUUGAAGGGUAGUGAUUUUCACGUUUACACAGAACCGAUGGCUAAUUUCGCCGUUCAGAAGAAGAUUACGAGGUUUUCAAAGGUAGUUGGCAUUCAACAAGCCCGUUCCACGUAGGCAAUACAGCGUAUCUAAUUCCCGGAAAAGGAUAUCUGGCUGUGGAGAGGGUCGUUAUGCUGCUUAGAGGCUUAAGAAGUUCGUUUUACCUGGAGUUUUGGUCGCAGUUAAGUAGCGUGUAAGCAGCCCGAGAGAUACUGUACUAAGAGUUCUGUACAUGGUUCUAUGGCUGUACAAAUCUUUGUAAGUACUGUAAGAUCGAGAAGUUAACAUCAUUGUGAACUCUCCUUUUUAAUGAAUUUAUUGCAGUGUUCAACACAAAUUCAAGAGAAA